GUCACCAUGCCCAGCAUGCCCAGUUUACCCAGCAUGCCCAGUUUACCCAGCAUGCCCAGGGGGCUGUCGCUGCCGAGGGCCAUCGCCAUCUUCGCUGUAUCCCAGGCUCCUCGGAGGCUGCUGCAGGACUGCUGCUCUGUGUUGGACCACCAGAGACCUGGAGGUGUGUGUGGUUGCUGCUGGGCGCUGCGUCCUCGCUACAAGCGGCUGGUCGAUAACAUUUUCCCAGAAGACCCCGAGGAUGGGCUGGUGAAAGCCAACAUGGAGAAGCUGACGUUCUUCGCUCUGUCGGCUCCAGAGAAACUGGACCGCAUCGCCGCGUAUCUGUCGGAGCGACUGACCCGAGAGCUGAACCGCCACCGAUACGGGUACGUGUGCAUCGCCAUGGAGGCCCUGGAGCAGCUGCUGCUGGCCUGUAGCUGCCAGAGCAUCAACCUGCUGGUGGAGAGCUUCCUCAGCACGCUGCGGCUGCUGCUGGAGGCCGACAGGCCACACCUCCACAUCCUGGCUACGAGCGCGUUCGUGAAGUUCGCCAACAUCGAGGAGGACACGGCGUCGUACCACCGCAGCUACGACUUCUUCGUGUCACGCUUCAGUGAGAUGUGUCACUCCGACCACGACGACCAGGACACACGGGACAAGAUCCGGGUCUCUGGCAUCAGGGGGCUCCAGGGUGUGGUCAGGAAGACGGUGGAUGACGAGCUGCAGGUGAACAUCUGGGAGCCUCGUCACAUGGAGCAGAUCGUCCCCGCUCUGCUCGUCAACCUGCAGCAGCACACACACACCGGCAGUGGGUCUCCAGCCGAGCAGACGGAGGUGUGUUUCAGGGAGCUGUUGGGACGAGCUGCAUAUGGACACAUUAACAACGCUAUCAGACCUGUGCUGAUGCACCUGGACAGUCACAGUCUCUGGGAAGGACGGAGCUUCGCUGUUCAGUGUUUUCAGAUCAUCAUGUACUCCAUCCCGUCCCAACACUCACACCUGGUGAUCCAGCAGCUGUUGGGUCACCUGGACGCCAACAGCAGGAGUCCGGCUCCGGUCCGAGCCGGGAUCGUGGAGGUCCUGUCUGGAGCUGCUGUUAUAGAGGCGACUGGGUCUGUAGGUCCCACCGUACUGGAAGUGUUCAACACGUUGCUGCGACAGCUCCGGCAGAGCGUCGACUACCAGCUGACCGGUUACUACGACAACGCUGGAAAGCACGCGACCACCUCGGCCGAGGAGAAAACGCUCCAGGACGCCGUCAUCCAAACUAUUGGAUCCUUCGCCAACACGCUUCCUGUGUACCAGAGGUCAGAGGUCAUGCUAUUCAUCAUGGGGAAAAUCCCUGUUCCUGGUAUCUACCCCGCCCUGGGGUCACCCAACGCUGGGUUUGAAGGCAGCAGGAUGAUCCAGGUGAUGCUGCUGAAGUCGCUGCUCCAGGUAUCGGAGCGCUAUGACAGCAGCAACCUGCUGACGGCGCUGCCGUCCUCCUUCCUGGAGCCUCUGCUGUCCUUCACCCUGAUGGAGGACCCAGAGAUCCGCCUGCUGGUCCUCUCCAUCCUCACCUCGCUCAUCGACAGGCGCCAUAACGCCGGCAGACUCACCUGCGCCAGUGUGGCGGUCGACGUGGCGGCGUUGGAGCUGAAGGAGGACCGGAGCUCUCGGCAGGACAACCUGUUCAUCAGGAAGCACGCUCAGCGUCUCUACCGGCACGUCUACCUCACCUGUAAGGAGGAGAGCAGUGGGCGGGGCCACUACCAGGCCCUCUUCACCCUAUUGGCUGUCGUUGGUCUGGAACUGGCCAAUGAGGAAGUGGUGGUGGACCUGAUUCGACUGGUACUCGCUCUGCAGGAGCUGGCGUUGUCCAAUCAGGAGCGUCUGUCGGUAUUCAACCGCUGUGGCAUUCACGCCGUCUGCGCCGCCUUCCUCCACCUGUUGUCCCAGCUCGGCCCACCGGCGGCGCUCCACCACCACGUCACACAGGUGAUAGAGGGUCGUCACAGUGAUGCGUCUCACCUGCUGCCUGAAGAAGCUUUCUCUGACAAACACAGUUUACCUGAAGGUGAGCUGAAGGUGGGUGAAGCGUUUCUGUUCGUCCAAUCAGAGAUCAGCGAGGCUCUGACAGGAAGCAGCUACAGCGUUCACACCGAACGCUUCAACACGCCGUACACACCUCAGAUAACAGAUGAGGACCGUCUGUCGAAGAGGAAAAGUAUCGGAGACGUCGUCUCAAUGCAGAUCGACAUGGACCCUCAGUACUGUCCUGAUGCAGAGCAGGUACCUACGGAGCAGAUCACCUUUGAGACCCUGAAGAGCACCUUCGAAGACCGAGGCGGCGAGGAAGAGGAGGAGGUGAGGAGGAAGAGGAUGAGGGUGGUGGAGAGGUUUCAGACGGCUCCCUUUGAGGAGAUCGCCGCUCACUGUGGAUCCAAGAUGUCUCUGCUUCACGCUAAACUGGACCAGGUCUUCGAUCUGAUGGUCCGUUCUCCUCCGUCUCCGUCUGGACUCUCGCCUCCUCGCUCCACCCCGCUCUAUGAGAUGAAGUUCCCUGACCUGUGUGUCUAUUAG